AUAUCAUGUUAUAAAAGGAAUUGUUAUAUCAAUAGUGAAAUAUUUAUUCCGACUAAUACAGCUGGGAUGUGUCAUGGCGGAUUAAAGAAAAAAAAUUGAAAGAUAACGAAAAACUCCCCUCCUCCCUACACAGUGCAGAGUUUAUUUUCCAAGAUGGCCGGGUACACGUGAAUUUUGUGGAUAGCAUGUUUGUCUUUGUUUUCUUGGAGCCAAACUUGUGGAAUUUUACUCCUGAUAGCGCGAAAUGAAACGAUUUCCGCGCAAACAUAGCUCUUGAUAAAGAAAUCACAUGCGUUAGAUUGUUAUUUUUGUGUCAAUGCUGAUUUGCCCAUGUAUCGUGGAACGAUCUCACAAGUCUUCUGAAAACAACCAGGCAACAGACAUGAGCCCUGAGAAUCAGCUGGGAUUUGAUUCGCAAGAGGACGCAAGAAACUCUAAGAGUAAAUCUAAGAUAGGCAAAGUAUUCCUCGGAAUUACAGGGACCGCAACUGUUGGAAUUGUGCUGGUGACUACACCAUUUGUAACGCCAGCGUUACGAAAAAUUUGUCUUCCUUACGUACCGGCCACAGAGAGACAAAUUGCUAACAUCUUACGAAUGGGAGCUUCCAAACAUAAAGGAUCAACCUUGGUGGACUUGGGAAGUGGGGACGGAAGAGUGGUAAUUGCUGCAGCUAGACGAGGUUACCAAGCUCAUGGUUACGAACUAAAUCACUGGCUGGUUUGGUACUCAAGAUUACAGGCCAGGUUACAAGGACUUCAUCACAAAGCUACAUUUUCAAGAGCUGACUUGUGGAAGGUUAAUCUGUCAACCCCUGACACCAUUGUAAUAUUUGGAGUCUCAGAGAUGAUGCCAAAGCUCCAAGAUAAGUUCCAAGAAGAAAUGAAGGAUGAUGCUCAAAUACUAGCAUGUCGUUUUCCAUUACCCAACUGGAAACCAACAGAUAAGAUUGAGGAAGGAAUUGACAGUGUAUGGUUGUAUCAAAGACCAAAACCAUGAAAGGGACAUUUAGAAUAGGAUUGAUAAUUGAAAUUGUGAAUAAAUGGGAAAUUAGAGGGGAGAUACUUGUCUACUACUUUUUGUAACCAAUAUAAAUUGCAAGACCUGUAGAAUUUACCCAGCAGUAUGCAAGUUAAAAGUUGAACCUGUGCCACACUUUUUUAUGCAGUGUCAUUCAAGGAUACAGAGUUGCUGUUUAUAUUUUAAAAUACAACCUCUUAACAAUAAAAUCUAUGCACACAAUA